AUGUAUUCUCAAAUUCUCAAAGAAAUUAUUCUCGACAUUAAACAUGAUAAAGCAACUAAGAAAGAAUUUGUCGAUUUUUGUUGUACUCAUUAUGCUGAUAAUAAUACUCAGUCAAAUAAAAUACAUGAUUUUGAACGAUUAUAUGAACAUCAUUCACCAAUUUGGUGGUAUACGAAAGAAUCCUUUAUUUAUUCAAUACUGAACAAAGCUUUGAGAACACAAGAAAUCGAUUUUAUUAUUAAGAUGGGAUUUUUCAUUCAAGAUCUUCAUCGACAAAUCGAACAACUGCAUGCAGAUGCACAUCAAACUUCAAAGAUGAUUAUUUAUCGAGAUCAAGGAAUGUCUAAUAAUGACUUUGAAAAGAUUAAGAAAAGCGAAGGUGGUCUUCUUUCUUUUACAAAUUUUUUAUCAACAAGCAUUGAUCAAGAUGUUUCAUAUAGUUUUGCUGAAAGUGCUGGAGAUAAUCCUCAAUUAAUAGGAAUUUUGUUUCAAAUUAAAAUCGACCCAUUGAUUUCCACAGUAUCAUUUGCUUCAUUAGACAAUAUCAGUCAAUACUCUGAUUCAGCAAAAGAAAUUCUUUUUCAAAUGUACUUUUAUAGACAAUACGCAAAUUCAGAUUCGUGCGUAUGA